GUUUUGAAUGAAGAAUGCGAUCAGAAUUGGUACAAGGCAGAACUCAAUGGAAAAGAUGGCUUCAUUCCCAAGAACUACAUAGAAAUGAAACCGCAUCCGUGGUUUUUUGGAAAGAUUCCCCGAGCAAAGGCUGAAGAGAUGUUAGGCAAACAGAGACACGAUGGUGCCUUCCUCAUCAGGGAGAGUGAGAGUGCUCCUGGGGACUUCUCCCUCUCAGUCAAGUUUGGAAAUGAUGUGCAGCACUUCAAGGUGCUUAGAGAUGGGGCUGGCAAAUAUUUCCUCUGGGUGGUGAAGUUCAAUUCUUUGAACGAGCUGGUAGAUUAUCACAGAUCCACAUCUGUCUCCAGGAACCAGCAAAUAUUUCUCCGGGACAUUGAACAGGUGCCUCAGCAACCAACAUAUGUUCAGGCCCUGUUUGAUUUUGAUCCCCAGGAGGAAGGAGAGCUGGGCUUCCGUCGCGGAGACUUUAUCCAAGUCCUUGACAAUUCUGACCCCAACUGGUGGAAGGGAGCCUGCCACGGACAGACGGGCAUGUUUCCACGCAACUAUGUGACCCCAGUGAACCGGAACAUCUAGAGAUAAAUAUUAGAGAUUAUUUAAAGAAACCAGAGAAACAGUAAAUACACAUACAGAGCCUAACUGCAGCCAGUGACCUAAAAUCACACGGCGAUAAAACCUGAGUCACCUUUCACCGUGAGGUGAUCCUCCUUCACUCAGUACGGAACUUCAGGGGCGGGGUGGGGGAAGAGUUCAACUUACACACCAAAACUUAUCUUUAAAAAAAGA